AUAAAGCACGACGCAGCCACGAUGAGCCGGCUAUUCGGUAGUAGUAGUGGUUCGGUGCUCGGUACGGCCGGAAGCAAAAUGUCGACGUUCCGCAAAGUGACCCACUGUAUCUUCGACAUGGAUGGGCUGUUGCUCGACACGGAAAAUCUUUACACGCAGGUAACGCAAUCGAUCGCGGAACCGUACGGCAAAACGUACACGUGGGAGAUCAAGCAAACCAUCAUGGGCCUUCAGCGGGACGAAGCGGCCGAAGCGAUAGUGGCCGCGCUGGAACUUCCACUGACGCCUGCCGAGUACGUGCAGAUUUCGACCGAGCGCAUAAACCGCGUAAUGGAGCAGUGCCAGCUGAUGCCAGGCGCAGAACGGUUGGUGCGCCAUCUGCACAAACACAACGUACCUAUCGCCCUUGCCACCAGUUCCGGCGCCGAUUCGGUCGAAGUUAAGACAAAGAACCAUCGCGAACUGUUCGAGCUGUUCGGCCACAAGGUGAUGGGUUCGUCCGACGCGGAGGUGAAGGAAGGCAAACCGGCACCGGACAUCUUUCUGGUCGCAGCAGCCCGCUUCCAGGACCGUCCCGCACCCGACCAGUGCCUGGUGUUCGAGGAUGCACCGAACGGUGUGACGGCGGCCAUUGCGGCCGGUAUGCAGGCGGUGAUGGUGCCCGAUCCGCACAUCCAGGAAGAUCAGCGAAAGCACGCGACCGUAGUACUGAAAUCGUUGGAAGAAUUCCGCCCGGAACAGUUCGGACUGCCCGCUUUUACGUGA